AUGUUCAAGCGCUCCUUCCGUUCCAGCAACAAGGAGCACUCCCAGGGCGGGAGCGGCGGCAUGGACGCGCACCACCGCGUGGACAAGUCGUCGAGGUUGACGAGGAAAGGCGCCGGCGGCAAUGCGGGCUCCGGACGGGAUCCACAGAAGCUGUCGAAACUGCAGCGGUCGCUCUCGAGCGCCGAGGAGGCCUCCGCGCCGGCGAACAAGUCUUCGUCGCAGGGGAAGCCGGCACCAAGCCCCAAGUCCUUGGCGCCCUCGCCCAUCGUCACGCUGGCGAUCGGGCGGGAGGGGCGGCUGUUUGCGGCGCACGAGGACGUGCUGUGCCAGAGCCCCUUCUUCAAGGCGCUCUGCCAGGAACAAUACCUCGAGGCGCAGAGCAAGAGGAUUACCCUGCCCGAGGAGGAGCCUGAGGUGUUUUCAGGCGUGCUCGAGUACCUCUACAAGGGCGACUACUACCCGCGCUUGCUUCACAACAAGCACCGAAACUCUUGGGAACUAGAGGACUCCGACCCGCGCCAGCGCCACACCCCGUACUCAUCCCCCAACCCCAACGAAACCGGAGGCGGCCGCGCCGGCAGCACCAGCAGCUCGCCGUACGUGCCCUCCGCGGUCGAGGCGACCGUCUACAUCUCGGCUGUCGACCAGCACCUGCUGCGCGACACCGUCAUCUACUGCGCCGCCGAGCGGUACGGGCUCGAGGAGCUCAAGCGACUGGCCCUGCGCAAGCAGGGGCUCCAGUCCGGCAUCGACGUGGGAACCAUCCUGCGCUCCGCCCAGUACUGCUACGCGCACACGCCCGACUCGGACAGCCGCCUGCGCGCUCACUACCUUGCACUGAUCAUUCGGUGCAGAAAGACCUUCAAACGGAGCGGCACCAUGCAGGCCGAGAUGGAGCGCGGUGGAGAGGGCUCCAAGCUGUACUUUGACCUGUUCGUCGCCCUGUGCAACCACCUGGAUGAUGUCAUCGACGCGGGCAAUGCCCGCUCCCCGAGGAACAUCUGA